GGAAGGAAGUGUGGAAAACCUGAACCUGAGGCUUAGCUGCCUGAAGAAGAUUUUGUGUGGAGUAGUGAGGAGGAAAGACGGGCUGUGGGUGAGGUGGGAAGGGCAAAUAGGUCGCCGCUCUAGAAGCGGCACAAAGUUCUUGGCGAUGUGGCUGAAGCCUGAGGAAGUGCUCCUGAAAAAUGCGUUCAAGCUGUGGCUGACGGAAAAGUCUAACGACUACUUUGUGCUGCAGCGGCGUCGAGGCUACGGUGAAGAAGGCGGAGGGGGACUCACAGGGCUUCUGGUUGGGACCCUUGAUUCAGUCUUAGACUCUACUGCUAAAGUAGCUCCAUUUCGCAUCCUACACCAGACGCCAGAUUCUCAACUUUACUGGUCAAUUGCAUGUGGAGCCAGCAAAGAAGAAAUAACCAAGCAUUGGGAAUGGUUGGAACAAAAUAUCAUGACAACUUUAUCUGUAUUUGAUUCAAAUGAAGAUAUUACUAAUUUUGUGCAAGGCAAGAUAAGAGGAUUAAUUGCUGAGGAGGGAAAACAAAGUUUCGCAAAAGAAGAUGAUCCUGAGAAAUUUCGAGAAGCCCUUUUGAAAUUUGAAAAAUCUUUUGGUUUACCAGAGCAGGAGAAAUUAGUAACCUAUUAUUCAUGCAGCUAUUGGAAAGGACGGGUUCCUUGUCAGGGUUGGAUUUAUCUUAGUACCAACUUUCUGAGUUUCUAUUCUUUUUUGCUGGGAUCAGAAAUAAAACUUGUUAUCUCCUGGGAUGCAAUCUCAAAACUUGAGAAGACUUCAAAUGUCCUCCUGACAGAGAGUAUUCAUGUGUGUUCCCAAGGAGAGAGUUACUACUUUUCAAUGUUUUUGCACAUUAAUGAAACAUACCUUCUUAUGGAACAACUGGCAAACUAUGCUAUAAGGCGACUUUUCGAUAAGGAAACAUUUGAAAAUGAUCCAGUCCUAGAUGAUCCACUACAAAUAACCAAAAGAGGCUUGGAAAAUCGAGCUCACAGUGAGCAAUUCAAUGCCCUCUUUAGGCUGCCCAAAGAAGAGACUUUGAAAGAGAUACAUGAAUGUUUCUUAUGGGUUCCGUUCACCCACCUCAAUACUCAAGGGAAAAUGUGCAUUUCACAAAACUAUAUCUGCUUUACUAGCCAGGAUGGCAAUCUUUGUAGUGUAAUCAUUCCAUUACGAGAGGUAUUAGCUAUAGAUAAGACAGAUGAGUCCACCAAAUCUGUCAUCAUUAGUAUCAAAGGAAAAAGAGCAUUUCGCUUCAAUGAAGUUAAAGAAUAUGAGCACCUGGUGACAAAACUCAGGCUCAAGUGUGGAACUUCUUCAACUCGACGUAAUAUCAAUACUGAGGUGGCUAUUAGUUCUGACUCUGCAACCCCUUCUGAUGUCUCUGAAACGCAGUCUUUGGCAAGUCAAAAAGAAUGCAGUAAGACUGUGAGCACUGAAGCCUUAAUGACAGUAUUUCACCCUCAGAAUUUGGAGACACUUAAUUCUAAAGUGUUGAAAGAAAAGAUGAAGGAACAGUUGUGGAACAUCUUAUUUUCUGAAUGUGGACGUGGUAUUAGCAUGUUUCGAACCAGAAAGACUAGAGAUCUGGUUGUAAGAGGGAUUCCAGAAACCUUAAGAGGAGAGCUCUGGAUGCUUUUUUCAGGUGCUUGUAAUGACAUGGCUGCGAAUCCUGGCUAUUAUUCUGAAGUAGUUGAACAGUCUCUCGGAACCUCCAACUUGGCUACUGAGGAAAUUGAGCGUGAUUUGCGUCGCUCCCUGCCUGAACACCCAGCAUUUCAGAGUGAUACUGGUAUAUCUGCUCUGAGGCGGGUACUCACUGCUUAUGCAUAUAGGAAUCCCCAAAUAGGAUACUGCCAGGCAAUGAACAUUUUGACUUCAGUGUUGCUUCUAUACGCAAAAGAAGAAGAAGCUUUUUGGCUUUUGGUUGCUGUAUGUGAACGAAUGUUGCCUGAUUACUUUAAUCGUCGAAUCAUUGGUGCCUUGGUGGAUCAGGCAGUGUUUGAAGAACUUAUCAGGGAUCACCUUCCUCAGCUAACAGAGCACAUGACCGACAUGACAUUUUUUUCCUCCGUUUCUCUGUCCUGGUUCCUCACACUUUUCAUUAGUGUGCUGCCUAUUGAAAGUGCAGUGAAUGUCGUCGACUGUUUCUUCUAUGAUGGAAUAAAGGCCAUUUUACAACUGGGAUUGGCAAUACUUGACUAUAACUUAGACAAACUUCUGACGUGUAAAGAUGAUGCUGAGGCUGUAACAGUUUUAAACAGGUUCUUCGACAGUGUCAUUAACAAGGAUAGCCCAUUGCCUUCAAGUGUUCAGCAGGGUUCAAAUGUGAAUGAGGGAAAAAACAGUGAUACUACAGUGGAUAUUACAGAUUUGAUCAAAGAGUCUAAUGAGAAAUAUGGUAACCUUCGCUAUGAAGAUAUACAUAGCAUGCGCUGUCGAAAUCGGUUGUAUGUGAUACAGACUCUAGAACAAACGACCAAGCAGAACGUGAUGCGUGUUGUAUCACAAGAUGUUAAACUGAGCCUUCAGGAACUGGAUGAACUUUAUGCUAUCUUUAAGAAAGAGCUGUUUUUAUCUUAUUAUUGGUGUGUGGGUUAUUCAGAAUUGAAACACCACGACCCCAGCCUGCCAUAUUUGGAACAGUAUCAGAUCGACUGCCAGCAGUUCAGGGUGUUGUAUCACUUGUUGAGUCCCUGGGCAUGUUCCGCAAACAGAGACUCACUAGCUCUAUGGACAUUCAGAUUGUUGGAUGAAAAUUCUGAUUGCCUUAUAAACUUCAAAGAAUUCGCCUCUGCAAUUGAUAUAAUGUACAAUGGAAGUUUUACUGAGAAGCUUAAGCUGCUUUUUAAGCUACAUGUUCCCCCAGCUUAUACUGAAAUAACUAAGGAUUCUUCAAAGGGAGAUGAUCUUACAACAGAAGAAUUGCUUUAUUUCAGCAAGCUCCAUGUUUCCAGACCUGCAAAUAAGAAGAAAUCAGAAUUAAGAAAACCCAGCUCUAUAAAAGGAAAUGUUGAUAUUCAAGCAUAUAUAAAUAAGUGGCAAGACGAGCUUCUCAAAAAACAAGAAAACAUUAAAGAUUUACCAAGAAUGAGUCAGUCACAGUUUAUUCAGUUUUCAAAGACCCUCUACAACUUAUUUCACGAGGACACUGAAGAAGAGUCAUUAUAUCAAGCCAUUGCUGUUGUAACCAGCCUUUUGCUCAGGAUGGAAGAACUUGGAAGGAAACUAAAUAGCCCUUCAUCAUCUGCCCAAGAAAUCUCUGCUGCAAUCAGUGCUGCUGAAGGAACCAGUGUGGAGAAUACAGAGAGCUUUCUGGAGAGAAAGGCUGCCUCUCGAAAGGAGGAUCAUCAGUGGUCAUUUUCAUUUGAACAGAUUCUUGCAUCUCUGUUGAAUGAACCAGUCUUGGUGAGGUUUUUUGAGAAACACAUAGAUUUAAAAGCCAAGUUAGAAAAUGCAAAAAUCUCUCAGUUAAAAUCUAGAACCAAGGUUCACAUCUCUUAGUUGGAAGGAAUUGUCCAUCUCAGAUAGUUUUCCCUGGAUUCUUGUAGCUGUCAGCUUGAUUCCUGGGAGUAAGACUCAGGGAGUUAUCUUAUUAACCAGUACAUUUGAAAGCAAAAUGAGACAAAGUUACAGAAGCACAAUGAUCCAUUCCUUUAUCAUCUCAAUUUUUUAUAUUCUCAAAUACAGGGUUUUUUCCUAUGCCACAAAAUAUGUAGUAUAAGAGGAGUAUGCUCAGUGAGACCACCAGAGGGCACCACUAUACCAUUUUAUUAAGGAAAUUACUGACUAGUGCUAUUUUUGACACAAAUUACUGAAGAUUUUGAAAAGGUGACUGUAUUAGUAAAUAGUACUGACAUGUCAUAUCAUGUCAUAUGUCAGAUUACUUCAAUCCUACUAAAAUACAUUAGAAAAAAGGACCCUUAGAUCUAUACUCAAAAUUGUGUACAAGCUUGUUACCAUUUGGGACCUUCCUUUUCAUGUUAGCUAAAUAAAAUACUAGUAACACAUUAAAGUUAACUUCAUUUGGUGUA